AUGAGUCGCCCAGCAUCGGGUCCGACGGUUGGACGGAGACAGUUUUCGACGUCGAAAAGGGUUCUCAGUGCGGGUGAGCCGCUUUACCCUGGACACAUCCCAACGGGUGUUUUCGAAAAAAUCGCACUCACCAUUGGCUCCGCUGCCGUGUCCCUCAAAAACCCAUACCGAGGAGACAUGGUUGCCGUACUCGGUGAAACCACAGCAUCACCAUACUUCAUCAAGAAACUACGAGACAUCAUGCUUCAAUCGGAGUCUGGGCGUCAGAUCCUCCGCGAGAGACCGCGUAUCACAUCUACGACACUCAAACUCGAAGAUCUGAGGCAGUUACCAAGUAACUCGGUUGGGAGGGAGUAUGCUGCGUGGCUCGAUGCUGAGGGUGUUUCGCCUGAUACGAGAGCGGCGGUGAAGUAUAUCGAUGAUGAAGAGUUGGCUUAUGUCAUGCAGCGAUACAGAGAGUCGCAUGACUUCUAUCAUGCGGUUACUGGCCUGCCGAUUACCGUCGACGGAGAACUAGCCCUGAAAUGGUUCGAGUGGGCAAAUAUGGGGUUGCCAGUCGCAGCCCUCAGUGCACUGGCUACCUUCGGUCCUCUGAAGGUAAAGAAAAGUGAUCGGAAAAGGCUGGUGCAGACUUAUAUCCCAUGGGCGUUGAAGAACGGAAUGAACGGCAAAUCCUUAAUAGACAUCUACUGGGAGAAUGAAUUGGAGACAGACGUGGAUGACCUGAGACGGCGAUUGAACAUCACGAAACCACCGAGUUUGAGAGAGGCAUACAAGAGGGCCCGUCAGGAGAUGAAGCAAGGUGCGCGGGACGAAAUGGCAAAGCUCAAGGCUUCAGGCUCGAACGUAUCGAUGUAG